AGUGACUCACGAGCAGAGGAGCAGUGACAGACGAAUCUCUACUGGCGUCGCGAGCGGAGUGGAACUAAUCGGCGCUGCAAAAGGAACGCGGAGACGCUCGAGUUCGCGACUGAAACUUUGCCUUCUUUAUUUUGCUAGGGGUUUUCGGAUAAGCAGAAUUUGCGCGAGAAUGCAGUCGUUUCACUGCACUCUGUUCAAUCUGCUGAUUGUCCUCAGCAGCCUGCAGAUCAGACAGUUCACAGAGGCGUGCUCGUGCCUCCAGUCUCAUCCACAGGAUGCUUACUGCAACUCUGACAUAGUGAUCCGGGCCAAAGUGGUGGGGAAGAAGCUCCUGAAGGACGGCCACUUCGGCACCAUGCGCUACACCGUCAAACAGACGAAGAUGUACAAAGGGUUCGACAAAAUCCAACACGUCCAGCACAUCUACACGGAUGCCUCCGAGAGCUUGUGCGGGGUCAAGUUCGACAUAAACAAGUACCAGUACCUGAUCACCGGACGCGUCUAUGACGGCAAGGUCUACACGGGACUGUGCAACCUGAACGAGAAGUGGGACCGCCUGACCCUGUCCCAGAAGAAGGGGAUCAACCACCGCUACCAGCUGGGCUGUAACUGCAGGAUUAAGCCCUGCUACUACCUGCCCUGCUUUGUGACUUCAAAGAACGAGUGCUUGUGGACGGACAUGAUUUCUUACUUUGGACACCCCGGGUACCAGUCCCGACACUAUGCCUGUAUCCAGCAAAAGGAGGGCUACUGCAGCUGGUAUCGAGGAAUGCCAAUCCGGGACAAAACCAUCAUCAAUGCCACUGACCCCUGAGCCACCCACCCGCUCCCCAAUCCCCAUAGAGUGCUAUAGGACUCUUGCCCCGCCCAUUCCCCCUGCCACCACAGAGUGCUAUAGGACUCUUUCCCUUCCCCCAGCCACCAUAGAGUGUUAUAGGACUCUUACCCUGCCCAUACCACCAGCCACCAUAGAGUGCUAUAGGACUCUUACCCUUCCGUUCUCCCAGCCACCAUAGAGUGCUAUAGGACUCUUACAACGCCCACCCUUCAACCCCAAAGAGCAAUAUAUGACUCUUCCCCUGCCCACUCUUCAAACCCAUAGAGCAAUACAAUAUAGGACUUGGCCACUCUACAACCCCCAUAGAGCACCAGUGGGCUCCACCCACUCCCCCAGCCACAAUAGUGAUGUUUUUGUAACCCAUGAUAAGAUAGUGCCUGUCUCUUCACAGUGGCAGCACUUCAGACAUAAACAAUACUUUUUUGCCAUGCUGUAUUAUUUCAUUUUUAAGGAUCACCCCCCUCCCCACUCCCUCUUGCCUCGACCACUUUUACUAAUGGACAGAAAAUAAUAGAACCACUAAAAAUGGACCUGAACCCAAAGAGUCUGGUGCUCUAGCAUGCUGGGGUCCUAGUGAAUUGCUUACUUAAAAAAAAAAAAAAACGGCAGAGCUUUAUAAUCACAGAUGCUUCGCUCUCUCUCACUCGCACAGCACCACGGAUACAAAAAGCAAUAAGCGAAUCACAUGAGGCCGUCAGUCUGGGAGGCGAGAGUGGCCAUGCGGGUUCAGAAACAGUCGGCUCAGAGCUCUGACACUCGGUAUCUGUGGUCAUCCCACAAAUUCAACCCUUUGAAGAGUAGGCUUUUUGGAAUGUUUUUUUUUUUUUUUUCAAAAUUCUAAGUCAGUGUUCUAGAACUCCUUUGCUUUCCAAUUGCCAGUAGUGAUGGUUACAUCAGCAUUAGAAUGUUCAGUUAAGAACAUUCUAAUCACAGGCUAGUGAUCUUACACCUUAAAAGGUUAGUGUACAAUUAUCAAACGCUUUGUCAUUGUUAGAAGGGCAAAGCCCACACGUGGCGUUCUCCACGAAAAUACUGCCUCUCGCUACAGUCACCUUGGUAUUUUACGUCGAAAUAUCGGUAUUUAAAAUUUAUUUUUAAUUAUAUAGAAAGUGCAUAUGUAUGUAUACACACGUGUAUGUACAUUUCCACUGUGUAUUCUGUAACAUAUCUAUUUAUUAACGGUUCUGUUUCUGCGUCCCCUGCUGUGCGUGCUGUGGAGUUCUCCCUCACCAUUUGAACACGCCUCAUAAGACUGUGUUCAACAGAUACUCGCCCGGUUAUCAGACUGGUUGGCAUUCUCGCAUGAGCACGAGGGCCUGAGCCUGGCUUGAGAUCCAUGUGAUUAACAUUCAUUUGGUGCCAGCUUGGGUGACUCAAGUAGGCCAUGAAAGUUGUGCAUCUUGGCAUGGAGUCCUACUGAACUCAAAGUCAGGCAACCCUGUCAACCCUGGCUUGAGACUUGCAUGGUCUUUGUCUCAGACGAAACAAUUCGGUCAUCUAAACAGCUCUCAGUUUGAGAGUUAGAGGGUAACCUGUACAAAGACUACCAAUUUCAGAGUCACCCACACGCGUGUGUAAGGACGGAAUACGCGCGUCUCCGAUGGACGCAAGGCCCACGUACCUGUGAGCGCGUGCAAACUCAAAGCCUGAACCCUACCGCACAGACAGGAGGGAAACGGACGCAAGCUAUUGUCUCUUUGUCUUUCUCAUGCUGUACGUGAUGACAUAAGCUAUGACAGAUAUGACAGAAAUGAAAAGAUGCCCUGACUAGUCAAGUCUAUCCCCUAAAACAAUGUAGACUAUUACAUAUGUAUGCAUAUGACAAGAGAGAACCACAAUCCUAAAAUUGAAAGGGAAAAUGACCUGAAGCACUCAUUUGCCUCCCCCCUUCCCAACCCCCCUGCUCCCCCCCCCACCCCAAAUCGUGGUUUCAUUAAUGAAGGAAGAAAGGCAAAAUCCAUGUAUUACAGUGUGCCAAUCCGAUGCACCCUAUGCUGACUUUUAGAAUGGUACUUCAGUCAUAUUUCUUCAAUCCUUUGUACUAAAGAGAGACCAUGAUCUGUAUUCAAGCUGGGGUUCUGGAAAGACAAAAAAAAGAUUCUCAGAUCUUUUGUUUAAAGUGUUAAGCCUUUCAGUGAAGCCGGAUGGAGAUAAUAAUGUUGUCACAAAACUCUUUUCUUUCAUUUUUUUUUUUUGCCCACUGGAAGAGAUUCCAGAAUCUUCCGUUCAUUCCUCUGUAGAAACAAAGUUGACAUGGUUUGAGAGGCCGUCUGGGAGUCAUUGUAUUCAGAGAGGAGCUGCGUCUGGGCCUGUGCUUGCAGAUAUGGCAAGACCCAGAAAAUCUGGGGGGUCGCAAAAUCAAAUCACCAAAACGCAGAGGAGGCAUUGUAACUGAAGGUGUGGUUUUACUGUGAGGAAAGAGGAGAGUAAUUGGCCACCAAUCUCCUCUGUACACUUUCCUCCAGCUUUGUAAAUCAGGGGUUUACAAAAUCAGUCCUGCGGCCCCACUAUGUGUGUGCUGGUUUUUCAUGCAGUCUCUUCAUCAUCUAAGGUUACUGAGAAAGUGUUUUAAAUUAUUCCAUCAUUCUGUCCUGAAACCUAUUAACACAAAUGCAGGUUUGGCUCAUUGUCACUUUCUUCAUCUUCAAAUCCAUCUUUUUUCUUUAAGAGUCACAAGCUGUUUCCAUACAGCACAUUACAGAAAAUGAAAGCAUUAACUGAUCUAAUGAAAACUCCAGGGAUGUGGAUAUGGGACCUUCAUUAUUCACAGUUCAUAGCACCUUCUGACAUAACGUUACCUUAAAUCCUGCAGAAGGCAUCAGAAGCGUCUAAUCAAGCACAAUUAGCAGCUCGUUAUAAUUCCGAGGCUGCGGUAGUGAUUGGAGUGAAAACUGGCACACACGGGAGACCCCAGGACGUGGUUUGAAGCCCCCUGCUGCAAACAAAAAUUGCUGCCAUUGCCCUUAAUCUGCAUGACAAAUGCCAGGCGUUUCCAUAGCGACAGCGCAUGCACCGAAUUCAUAUUCCAAGAAGCCUAAAGAAGUAAAUUAAUUCGGCGGAUCUGUUUUUCCAUAUUUAGAGAGAAAGGUGGACUCACUCAUGUGACGUUGAGACCUUGAUGAUGGCUUCCACCAUCAAAGGUGUACCUGUGUAAUUUCGCAUAGCUGCAGAAGCAGGUGGCUCUCACAAACUGAUGGGAUAACUUUGUUUUGGUUUCGGUGGUUUAUCUUUGUGUAAAUAGACUGUCUGCUUAUUGCAAGAAAGAAAAAAAAAAUCCCGGUUAUAUCAAUUCCAUGUGGGACACAUUAUCUGAAGUCUGAGAAUGCUGGCAAAGUCUGUGUGUAUGUGUACAUACACUGAUUCCUGGGGCAACCAAUUCUAGUAGGGAUUGAGAAAUGUUUGACUUUUAAUCUCUGUGUUUUAUAUUUUUAUAAUAAAGUUUUAAUGAAAAUCCCAAA